GCCUGAGGCCGCGGGGUGCCCGCUCCCCCCGGAGGGGUGUGUUCCGGGGGCCAAUGGGGAGCGGGCGGGGGCGGGGCCGCGCACGCCCGGGGGGACCAAUGGCAGUCGUGUUGUCUAAACAGAAAAUACUAUUAUGCUAAUGGCGCGGGCGCCCUGCGGGGGGGCCGGGUGGGGGUGGGGCGGCGCAGGUAUAAAGGGGCGCGGCGGCGGCGGCGGCGCAGCGCGGAGGCGUCCCUGUCCCCCCCGGCCGCCCUUCUGCUGGUGCUGACUCUGCAGCCGCCGCUGCCGCUGCCUCCCUGUGCCCGGUGCCCGCCUGGACCGGCGCCCGCGGCUGCCACGGAAAGACGGCUCGAGCCUCCCCCUCCCCCAGCGUCGGAGCAGACCGGACAAGAAUGGACUUGGUGGGCGACCGUCGGGCGUUCCCGGUGGAGGCCAGCGCGGGCGUGUGCCGCACCCUCUUCGGGCCGGUGGACCACGAGGAGCUGGGCCGCGAGCUGGUGGGCAAGCUGGCCGAGAUCAGUGCCGAGGACGAGCGCCGCUGGGACUACAACUUCCAGAACGACCGGCCGCUCGUGGGCCCGGGCCGCCUGCAGUGGCAGGAGGUGGACGACCACACGGUGCCCGCCUUCUACCGCGAGACGGUGCAGGUCGGUCGCAGCCGCUUCCCGCUGCUGCUGCUGCGCCCCGCGGCCUCCCGGGCCGCGGGCUGCCCCCCGCUGCGGCCAGCGCCCGGCUGCGGCCCCGACGCCGAGGGCCCGGGGCCCGACGGCGCCGCCGACGCCCCCGUCGUGGCCGUCACGGACGAGCUGCCGCUGGACGCCGACCUCGACUCGGGCUUCACCAUCCUGGCAACCGCCCGGGCCGGGGCCCCGGCCAGCAACGCUCUCAUCACAGCUUUCUUUGUGAAGCGCAAGAGGCCCAGAGCCUUCAAGCCUUUUCCCCUGGACCACGGCAUGCCCCGCGGCCGGAGCCCGGAGCCCGAGCCUUCGGGCUCCGACGGCUCGGACGGCUCGGGCUCCGACAGCUCGGCGGGCAGCUCAGGCCGCGACAGCCCGGCCGGCCGCACCCGCCGCGUCCGCCGCAGCCGUCGAGCCCGCUCGGCCGCCCCUCCCUCGGAGCAGAGGCCCAGCAAGCGCAGCCGGUAAAUAAGCUUGCAGCCGAGCCGACGGCCUCCACUCAGACUUCCCUGCACCCUGGAGGAGAAGGCAGGUGCAGGGGGAGGGGGCAGCCCUCCCUCGAGC